AUGUCUGAUCAUAUUCACACCUUACCCCCAAAACUAUUUGGUUUCCCACUAACAAAGCACGAAGAAUUUGCAGAAAGAAAAUAUGAUGUUGGAGAAGACAGAAAAUUCAGGUGCCACUUUUGCAGGCGAGUAUUCACAAACUCGCAGGCCCUAGGGGGCCACCAGAAUGCUCACAAGAAAGAGCGCCAAAGGGCGAGGCUUUUCCAAAUCCAGAGUGACCAUAGCCAUAGGCGCUCCAUAGCUUCUGCCUCUGCCUCUGUCCUCACCUCACAUGCAUUGAGAUCACCGCAGACAUUACCCUCCACCUUUGAUCAUCCCCAACAAUUGCAAUCCAACACAAAGCACUUCCCAUCACGACCUAUUUUGAUUCCUUCUUCAACCUAUCGUACUACUCCAUUGGUUACUUUUCAGCUUUAUCCGUCACCCACUGUACUGCAAUCUGCUCCUAAUGUCGGUGAAUUUUCUGGUAAACUUCCCGAGAGGGAUGUCGGUGUUAAUGUUGAUGUCCAUCUCAAAUUGUCUCUCUCAGAUUGA